UUCAAGCAGGUAGCACGCGUUUCUCGCUGAAUCGAAAAUAUUUACAUUCGAUUUGGAUAACCGGCGAUUAUAAAUCGUGUUUUGAAAUAGUGUUUACAUUCGAUACGGAAGUGCACGAACUUGUGUUGUCUGGAAGGCCAAGAACAUCUAGUUUGCCUCAUUAUGGAUGCAUUUGUGUCUUACUCGCAGUAAGAUAAGGAUGAUAGCAGACGAAAACCCAAGAAAAAUGGAGAUACCAGAUAACAUAUCCGAAUCCAGUUUUAAGACCAGCGUCGAAGAGGUGACCCGCAUAGACCAGUGCACCCAAACGCCGCCGAGCGGGAAGGUGAAACCGCGCAUACUUCACAGGCACAACACCUCAGACCACAUACUCGAACGGCACAGACCCUACCGAAUACGAUACGAGUCGAGACCGAAGAGCUUAGGCAUCUCCGACACUUACAGCCUUGGAAAGCCGCCAAGCUACGACAGCAGUAGCCAUGCCAAGGUCAGACUAGGUACGAACGACAGUCCAAACGGCACGCCGCCCCACAGCCUGGACUACGAGUUCAUGAAGUCCGGGACUUCCCCCGGCACUGCCACCCCCACGGGCAUGAUUAGCAGCAAGGCCACCGCCACCACCGUGCUUCUUAGUCCCAGCUAUCUGCAGACCCCAUGCCAGUGCAAUCAGUCUAUUAAGAGCGUGAGUGAGGUAGCGCUGGCAAUGCCAAUUCCCAGCUGGAAUGAGGAGCCAGCGCCGGAUCCGACGUCCCCCGACGGCUUGUCAUGGCGUCGGCUGCACAUGUCGCGAGCCAAGCUCAAAGCGACGGCCACCACGUCUGAACUGUUAUCAGGUUUCGCGAUGGUAGCGAUGGUGGAGCUUCAAAUCAACGAGCCGACGAACGUUCCAGAAUGGCUGUUCGUGAUGUUCGCCGUCUGCACGACCGUGCUGGUGGCAGUACACAUCUUCGCCCUCAUGAUAUCCACGUAUCUGCUGCCUAAUAUUGACGCUGUGAGCAAGAUGGAGGCGCCGGGGGGACCGGCGCAGGCGCUGAGGGAUUCCCCUCAUGAACGGAUGAGGGGCUUCAUCGAGCUUGCUUGGGCGUUUAGUACAGUUUUAGGUCUAUUUCUGUUUCUGGUGGAAAUAGCUAUUCUGUGCUGGGUGAAGUUCUGGGACUACUCGUUUGCGGCGGCGACUGCGGCAACAGUCAUAGUUAUACCAGUGUUAAUAGUGUUUGUGGCUUUCGCGAUCCACUUCUACCACUCGCUGGUGGUGCAGAAGUGCGAAACGUCCGUACAAGACAUCAGACAAUUGGAAAACAUGAAGAGAGAUCUCGACACCGCUACUGUGAAAGUGAACAUGCCAUUUUAGUAAAACCAUAUGAUAGUCAGAUGUACAAAGAGAGUAUUGUAAAAACAUGCCGUUUGAUCAUAGAAGAAAAGAGUUGAAAAAAGUUUAAGAGUGAAGGUGCCGGUUGGCAGCGGACGACAUGAAGCAACCGCAGA